AUGCCUGACUUCGACUCUCUAAGAAGAUUCUACCGUGUACAUAAUGCCUGCAUUCAAUUACGCAAUGCAAUGAGCGUCAUCUAUGCUGACGGUCUCUCUAACAAGGAUCUGGGCCAUUUCCAGGAUGCUCCUACUUCUGACGAUAUGGUACAAGGGAUACUUGCCUCUCCUGCUACUUCGAUCGCUACUUACUUAAAAAAUGCUCAAGCUACCAUGGAUAUUGCUAAAAUUAUCGAAUAUUAUAGUUUUGACCCCGAUCAAACCGACCUUGAAGAAUAUACUUUUGGCAAACCUAUCCUGUUGAGUCAAGAGGCUGACUUCAAUGCUGGACAUGACGACACUAAAUUGAGUUCAUUGGGGAAGAACUGGUUAGUGUCCGUGACUUCGUUGGUCCUAUACGAACGGUUCCCAUUCGCAGAUGCUGUUUCGCUGGAUUUAUUACGCAACAGAAUCCUAGAGAGUGAUUGUUUUGAGAAUUUCAUGUCUAAUGGGAAUGGCCCAGACCGGAAAUUUCCUUCCUUUGAUGCAUACAUUGGUGCAUUGAUUGUCGAUAGAGCCUCGGGAUUCCAUUUGGAAGAAGUCAAGACGUAUAUACAAUCACUGAUUCAAGAGAAAGCAAAACUAUAUAGUCUGGAGAUGAUUAAUGGUUUGUAUCGUAAGAAUCCGAAAUUCCAAGUCAUGAAAUUAUUAGAAGGAAAUAAAUUAAAGGUUAAUCCAACUUUUAAUUGUAUUAGUGCAACUGGUAAAAAUAAAAAAACUACCAUCGAAAUUAAAUUGAAAAAUAUCUUGUUAGGAACAGGUUCUGGGCUAUUAAUAAGUGAUGCUGAACAAAAUGCCUCUAGGGAUGCAUUAGCUAGAAAGAUCUUAGAUCAAUAUUCAAUUCACAAGAAUAUUCCUGUUACUAAACCGGUAUCUAGUGAAUCGCGACAGAUGAAACCGGCUCUAUCUACAACUGCCACUGAUAAUAACGAUGGUCUACCCCCAUUACCAUUGAAGAUGCCAGAGUUACCUCCUCCUGUAAAGAAAGGUAAGGAAAUUAAACCACUAAAGCAAGUACAAGAAAUAUCUGAAAUUAUUCAGCAACGUAGAAACUCGAUUAAACCACCUGUCUCUGAAGUUGUUCAACAAAAUAGGAACUCUAUUAAACCUCCUGUGUCAAAAAGUAGUAAUGUCAUCAGACCUCAAACUCCACAAAAAAAGUGUACACCUGGUUCGUUAGAUCCAUCUAAGAACCCACAAACUGGUAGAGGCUCUAAUAACGGUAGUGCGAACAGUAGUAGAUGGAGUAGCAGGCAAUCCUCUGUUUCAGGUGACAGUCAAAAAAACAGAAGAAAGAUGGGUAUUAAGGGUCUUCGUGAAAAGGAUAAGUAUACUCUGAAAUUGGAAGAACGUGCCAAGGAAAUGUUGCUAGAUAAUGCACCAAGGGUAAAUACUGAUUUAUCAGUAGAUGGACCCCCAUCCUUUGAUGACGAUAGUGAUGAAGAGAGAGAAACUGUGCGUAGAAAUAGUAUCAUCAAUAUUAGACGUUCCAGUGUUCUAAGUGUUCAAAAGUAUCCUGCACGUAGACCUUCGAUGCCUCAUCCUUGGGAGAAUGAUUCAAUAUCCUUAGCAAGACCUUUAAGUGCAAGGUUUGAAGUUGGUACUUCAACUAGGCCUGCAGAAUUAAUCUUGGAAGGAAGAAAAGUAGAGAAACCUGUUGCUGAAGUUUCAAAACCUGCUUCCACUGUCGGUACUGAAGUACUUAUUACUCCAGCAGCAACUCCUGUUAAUAAAGCAACUACAACAAUUACUUCUGAUACUAUUGACAAAGAUGCUAAGAAUAAAUUGAAUAUAUUAUACUCUAAGCAAGGUAAUGAUGUCCCUACUUACUUCACAAGAUUUUUGGGGCCUGGUAAGUUUCACACAAUUUGUAGACUGAAGAACAAUCCUGAUAUUAUACUUGCUGAAGCAGAUGGUAAAUCAAAGGAAGUUUCCCAGCUAAUGGCAGCUUCUAUUGCUGUUGCUUCCUUAUAA